CAAUAUAUAUAAAUGGUUCAUCUCAAUCAGGCUUUUCUUUGAACCAAUAUUUCAAAUAAUUAUCUUAUGUUUGCAUUCCAAAAAUAUUUUUUAUAUUAUUUUGUCUAAAUCCUUCUANAUGUGAAUGCAAAAUUUUAAAUCUUUAUCAAAAAUAAUUAAUUUUAUUACAUAAUAAUCCUAAUACAAAUGCAUCUAAAAUAUUUGAUACUAUCACUUAUUUACCAAUAUUUUUCAUCAUUGAACUAAAAUAUAUUAAAAAGUGAAAAAUUCAAAUCAUUUUAAGUUCAAAAAGUGAAAAUUUAUAAAAUCAUUUUACUAUCUUCUCUUUUCAUUAUUAAUAAGAAAUUAUACACUAAUCAAUAAACUUUGAUAUUCUAUUAUUUUCCCAUAACUUUACAUAAUAUUGAUGAUAAUAACCAUGAAUGGAUGGGAUAAUAUUUGUAUUCUAAUUGUAAAAAUUGAAAUUAUUU